GAUGACUUAAGCCGCGGUACGAGGACAGAGCAAGAAGCACUCCAGAACAACAAGCAAAGGAAAGCUGCUCUUCUCUCAGGUGUAUCUUUCUGCAGUCCUGAUGCUAAAAUACGAAUUAUUCAAAGCAUGAAGGAGUUUUUGAGGAAGAUCCACAGCCUCUUCCUGAAGAUCGCCCUGCUUCCAAGCACCUUAUCCGGGACAGGUCCGCGGCCAGCUGCCUCGGAGGUGUUAACCUGCCACCUGCUGCAGCGCAGACUUCCUCCGUGGACUUCGUACUGCGUCCGCUACAGCUCCGUCCACAAUGACCAGUUUGGACUGUCAAACUUUAACUGGAGAGUCCAGGGAUCCAACUACCACAUACUUAGAACGGGGUGCUUCCCUUUUAUUAAAUAUCAUUGCACCAAAGCACCUCACCAGAACCUGGAUUUUGAAGACAGGUUUUUCACCAUGUUAAAAGUUAUUAAUCUGGGUAUCCCUUGUUUGGCCUAUGGCAUUGGGUGCUGGAUGGUGGUGGGAGCUUCAGAAACAGUGCAGACAAGUGUCGGACCUGUCACAGUCUAUUUUGCGUACAAAGAGGAGGAAGGUGCACAGUACUGAAGCGAAGAUAUAAAAGAAGUAACUUGAAUGUGUUUUCAAGAGGAUACUGCUCACCAAGCUGCUGUAUUUUUGAAACUAUUAAAGGGGACCUGUUGUACUUUUCGUUAUUUUCUCUCAUAUAUAUACUGUUUUAGUGAUGGAUGCUCCUAUAAGCCAAAGUUUCAAUAACAAGUUUAUCUUGCAUACAAGGAAUCCCAGUGAUGUCAAUAUUUGGGUAUGUCUGAUACAGAGCUCUGAGUGUGAGCAAAGAAGCCCUAACCACUGUUCAAAUUUUUUGUUUAAGAGGGGCAGCCAAUCAUAAGGAAGUCAACCUAAAGGGAGGGGAAAGAGGUAAAAUGGUUGGUUUCAGGCAGUGAAUGAGCUAUCUCAAGGCAGAGCAUAAGAUUAAUAUGGAUUAUUUUUAACUAUGAGUGAAGCAAGCUACGCUAGUAGAGUCUAAGAAUAAAAAUAUGGAGCUGGAAGUGAGCAUAAUAGGUCCCCUUUAAUAUCAUGU